AUGAAAGCAAGAAAAGAUUUAGUAGACAAAGAGAGCAAAGAUGAUAGACUUAAGCUCUACUCUGCAGGAAGACAAGGAAAGUUUGGAGAUAACAAUGAUCCCAAGCCAGGCAUGUUCGAUAUUGUAGGCAAGCUUAAAUGGGAAGCCUGGAAUAAGAGAAAGGGUGAAGAUCAAGAGGCAUGCAAAUUAGAAUUCGUUACUCGUUCAAAGGCCAUCCUUGCCAAAGACACAAAAAAGCAAUGA